AUGGCUUCAAUUCUGGAACAUAUUCCCCUGCCCAGCGUGGACCGCCCCUUCGGCAUCCACCUGUGGCCCAUCUUCGACAAGGCUUGGACUGCUGUCGUCGGCUACCCUGCCGCCGACUUCAAGUUUGUGCCUUUCGAGACGCCCAUGUCGACUCUCAAGUCGACUUCCAUCUUCAUCGUCGUCUACUAUGCCAUCAUCUUUGGUGGCCGCGCCCUCAUGCGCAACCGCGAGCCCUUUCAGCUCAAGACGCUGUUCCUCAUCCACAACUUUUAUCUGACCGCCAUCAGCGGCAUCCUCCUAGCUCUCUUCAUUGAGCAGCUUGUUCCCACGGUUGUCCGCGGCGGCGUCUUCCACGCCAUCUGCGACCACUCUGGCGGUUGGACUCAGCCUCUUGUUGUCCUUUACUACGUAAGCCUCUGGCCAUUGGUCCACUUGAACUACCUCACCAAGUAUCUUGAGCUCCUCGACACCGUCUUCCUGUUCCUCAAGAAGAAGCCCCUCACCUUCCUUCAUUGCUACCACCACGGCGCCACUGCUCUGCUCUGCUACACGCAGCUCAUCGGUUCGACUGCCGUCUCGUGGGUUCCCAUCACGCUCAACCUGACAGUCCACGUCGUCAUGUACUGGUACUACUUCCAGAGCGCCCGCGGCAUCCGCAUCUGGUGGAAGGAAUGGGUGACCCGUCUCCAGAUCAUCCAGUUCAUCAUUGACCUCGGCUUCGUCUACUUUGCCUCGUACACCUACUUCACGUCGACUUACUUCCCCUCGAUGCCCAACGCUGGCAAGUGUGCCGGCGAGGAGUUUGCCGCUUUCGCCGGUAUCGGUAUCCUGUCGUCGUACCUGGUGCUCUUCAUCUCGUUCUACUUUGCCACGUACAAGAGGGGCAGCAAGCAGACGACGCGCAAGUCGCUCCGCCGCAUGUCACAGGCUCCUCUCCCCGACCCCCUCGCUGUCGCUGGCCAUGCCAAUGGCAAGACAAAUGGUGCUACGGCAACUGGCGCCAAGACCAACGGCGUGACUACCCGGUCCCGCAAGGCGUAA